AUGGAGCUGUGGGCACAGCUGCAGAAGGCCGGACUGGAGCCCAGUGGCUUGGGUCCACUCCCCAAGGCCCUAAGGAUGCCCCCUCCAGAGGGGAACCCCGGUCAGGCCCUCAUGUCUUCAGGGGCAGAACUUGGGGGUGCCAGGGAGCUGCUGCUGUGGAUCUGGGAGGAGCUGGGGAACCUGCGCCGAGUGGAUGUCCAGCUGUUGGGACAGCUGUGUGAUCUGGGACUGGAGAUGGGGACCCUUCGGGAAGAGCUGGUCACCAUCCUGGAGGAGGAGGAGGAGGAGGAGGAGGAGGAGGAGGAGAGCUGUGCUGAAGAGGACCAAGGGUCAGAGGGGAAGCAGGAGGAAGGGUGUUCAGGGAGCUCCCAUCCAGCCCAGCGCCUCCCGGACUUCGAGAUGACCAUCUGA